AUGGGGGAGCUGGCACUGGCCCUCCUGGCUCUGGCCACCUUGCAGGGUGCUGGGGCUACAGAGCCCCUGGAGAACGACUCAGAGCCAGGGAAGAGUGGAACCACGGGGAAACCCUGGAAAGCAGCCCCCAGCCUGGCAGACCUCGACCUGGACACAGCAGGUGAAGGAGCUGUAUGGACGUCCUGGUUCAAUAUUGACCACCCGGGGGGGGACGGGGACUUCGAGAGCCUGGAUGCCAUUCGCUUCUACUACCGGGGACGUGUCUGCCCCCGGCCCGUGGCCAUCCAAGCCCGGACCACCGAGUGGGAGCUGCCAGAGGAGGUGGGGGAGGUGGUUCACGUCAGCCCCAAGAAAGGUUUUCGCUGUGUCAACAAGGAGCAACCAGGAGGCAAAACCUGCUCCAACUACCACAUCCGCUUCCUCUGCCCUCUGGACCACAUCUACUGGUCACACUGGUCCUCCUGGAGCCCCUGCUCACGCAGCACCUGCGGCAGCAUCGGCACCCAAACCCGCGCCCGCCGGUGCCUCAGCGCCCGCCCGGUGCCCAACCUCAAGGAGGUCAAGUGCAAGGGCAAAGCCACCCAACGGCGACCGUGUAGUGCUGGACCGUGCCCAGAGUCAACGUGGAUGGAGUGGGGGUCUUGGGGUCCCUGUUCCCACAGCUGCGGCAGCGCUGGGACGCAGAGCCGGCGGCGGAGCUGCAAGAAAUCCAAGAAGGUUCCGUGCGCCGGCCGCCCCACUGAGGUCCAAAAAUGUCCCCCCACGCCUUGUCCAGCCUGCCCUGGCAACACGCUGCGGGGUACCGUGGUCUCCAGUGCCGGGGCGGCAUUGCCAGAUGCCAGGAUCUACUUGGAAGGUCACCCACCGGUGCUGCUGGCCCGGAGUGACUCCCGGGGGGGUUUUGUCACCGAGGGGGUGUGCCUGGACCCCCCUGCCAACAUCAGUGCCCACCGUGAAGGCUUUGCCCCAGCGCUGGCACCCAUCAUCACCAACGGCUCCGGCGUGGCGGUGGCACACGUGAGGCUGCAGAGGUUGGAGAAGCCCUACAUGGUGCUGCACCCCACAGCCAAGGUGCGGGUGGUGGGGCAGGAGGUGACAUUCUGCUGCAAAGCUUCAGGCACCCCCAUGCCCAAGAAAUAUUACUGGUACCACAACGGGACGCUGCUGGAGAAGCGGACGCUUCGAUCCAGUAACCACCUGGUUCUGCGGGCUCUGGUUCCGGAGCAGGCUGGGUCCUACCACUGCAAAGCCAGCAGCGAAGCGGGUGCCAUCCGCUCAGCCCCCGCCCACCUCACCGUGCUGGCCCAGGGCCAGCAGAGCUGCAAGCGGGAACCUGAGCCCAGCCUGGUGGAGCUGCCCAGCGAGUGCCCGCAGGAUGCCACCGGCUCCCGCUUCUACAACGUGGGGAGGUGCCCCCCAUCCCCGUGCCCCGGGGGUCCAGGGGAACCCUCGGGGUGCGAGGAGGGGUCCGGGCACUGCUGCGGGGUGCGGAGGAUGGAGACGCGGGAGAUCCCCUGCGCCGGGUCCCUCCUGCCCCUCAAGGUGGUGGCCGAGUGUGGGUGCGUCCCCUGCGCCCAGCCCCGCGUCCUGGUGCAGGGUAGGGUGACGGCGGCCGACACGGGGGAGCCCCUGCGCUUCGGGCACAUUUUUUUGGGUGGGAGGAAGGUGGGCUUCACGGGCUACAAGGGCUCCUUCACUAUCGAGGUGCCGCCGGCCACCCGGCGCUUGGUGGUUCGGUUCGUGGACCGGCAGCAAAAGUUCUUGGACGCCGUCAAGGUCCUGCCCUUCGACCGCCGGGGCGGGGCCGUCUACCAGGAGGUGAAGAUGCUGAGGAAGAAGGAACCGGUGGACCUGGACGCCGACCGGAGCAACACCAUCCCCUUGGGAGAGGAGAGAGGCCGGGAGCCCAUCGCCCAGCUCGUCCUUCCCGCAGGCGCCUUCCUGCGUCCCUCCGGGGAGGUUUUCACGGGCAAGGUCAAAGCCAGCGUCACCUUCCUGGACCCCAGGGACGUGGCGACAGCCAGUGCCGCCUCCAGCGACCUCAGCUUCGCCGACGCCGAGGGGGAGAUCGCCCCCCUAAGGACCUACGGGAUGUUCGCCGUGGAUUUUCGGGAAGGGGAGAGCGGGGCGGAGCUGCAGACGGGGCCGGUGGAGGUGAGGAUGGACGCAGGGCAGGUCUGGAUGCCGGAGCACCUGCAGAAGAUGAAGUUGUGGUCUUUGAACCCCGAAACCGGGUUGUGGGAGGAGGAGGGAAUCCUUAGGCCUGCCGGGGGGAGCCGGGGGAAGAGGGAGGAGAGAACCUUCCUGGUGGGGAACCUGGAGAUCCGGGAGCGCCGGCUCUUCAACCUGGACGUGCCGGAGGACCGACGCUGCUUCGUCAAGGUCAGGGCCUACAGCAACGAGAAGUUCAACCCCUCGGAGCAGCUGGAAGGGGUGGUCAUCAGCCUCAUCAACCUGGAGCCCCAGCCCGGCUACCCCGCCAACCCCCGGGCCUGGGGACGUUUCGACAGCGUGGUGACAGGGCCCAACGGCGCCUGCCUUCCCGCCUUCUGCGAUGGCCAACGCCCCGACGCCUAUUCGGCCCACGUCACCGCCACCUUGGGUGGGGAAGAGCUGGAAGCCGUGGCCUCCAGCCCCAAGCUCAACCCCAACACCGUCGGGGUGUCCCAACCCUACUUGGGCAAGCUGGGCUACCGCCGCUCGGACCACGAUGACCCCGACUUGAAGAAGACGGCCUUCCAAGUCAACGUGGCCAAACCCGACCCCAACAACCUGGAUGAGACCAACGGCCCCAUCUACUCCUACCGCAGCCUGGAGGAGUGCGAGGAGGCGCCGGUCAGCGCCAACCACUUCCGAUUCUACGCGUGGAAGUGGAACAAGUACGAGUACAACGUGGUGCCCUUCAAGGAGAGCGACCUGACCUCCUGGACUGGGGACUACCUCUCCUGGUGGCCCAACCCUCAAGAGUUCAGGGCUUGUUUCAUCAAGGUGCAGAUCGAGGGGCCUCAGGAGUACAUGGUGAGGUCCCGAAACCUGGGGGGCAGCCACCCCCGCACCCAGGGGCAGCUCUACGGCUUGCGGGACACCCGGAGCGUGCGGGACGCGCUGCUGGAGAACACCUCGGGGGCUUGCGUGGAGUUUAAGUGCAGCGGGAUGCUUUUCGACCAGAGCCUGGUGGAUCGCACCUUGGUCUCUAUCAUCCCCCAGGGCAGCUGCCGCCGAACUGCCGUCAACAACCUCCUCCGGGACUACCUGAGCCGACACCCCCCCGUCGCCGACGGCAACCACACGGCUUCCUUCACCAUGCUGGCCCCGGUCGACCCGUUGGGUCACAACUACGGCAUCUACACGGUGACGGACCAGAACCCCCGCCUGGCCAAGGAGAUCGCCAUCGGCCGCUGCUUCGACGGCACCUCCGACGGCUUCUCGCGGGAGAUGAAAGCCGACACCGGUACCGCCGUCACCUUCACCUGCCGGGAGAGACCGGCGGGGAGGGAGAGUUUCUUCCAACGCCUCCUCACCUCCCCGGACCAGGCUUUGGAGGAGAUCCGACGGGAGAUGGGGGCCGGGGAGCUGCGCCGGGGUCCCCCCGAGGUGAUAGACUUCGCCUCCGGCGCCCCGGGCCCCGCCAGCCCCCGCCGGCCCCCCGGCAGCCGGGACCAGAACCGGGGGCAGCCGUGA